GCUGGGCCGUGCACCACACUCCCUCUCCUCAUCCCAGGCAGGCAGACUCGCUCUCAGCAACCAUGUCCUUCUCCAGAUCUAGCAUGUCCUACAGCAGCAGCGGCGGUGGAGGCGGAGGUGGCACCAUGUCCAUGAGGUCUGGAGGUGGAGGUGGAAUGGGUAUGGGCUCCUCCCGCUUCUCCUCGAUGGGUGGUGGUGGUGGAGGAGGAGGAGGCCGCGUCACUGCCAUGAGGGCCGGCAGUGUGUAUGGAGGAGCAGGAGGCUCUGGGGUGCGCAUCUCUAGCUCCUCGUUCGGUUCCGGUGGUGGAGGUGGUGGUGGUGGCGGUUAUGGUUUCAGAAUGGGAGGGGGCGGCGGCGGUGGCGGUUUUAAUUUUGGCAUGGGUGGCGGUGGUGGGGGUGGUGGUGGCGGCGGUGGAGCCGACCUCCAUGUGUCGGUCAACGAGAAGGCCACAAUGCAGAACCUGAACGACCGCCUGUCCACCUACUUGGAGAAGGUGCGCCUGCUAGAGGCGGCCAACGCCGAGCUGGAGCUGAAGAUCCGUCAGUUCGUUGAGAGCAAGACGUCCCCCAGCGCUCGCGACUACUCUGGCUUCUAUGCUACUAUCGCUGACCUUCAGGACAAGAUCCAAGCUGCCACCUGCUUGAACGGAAGCAUCUAUCUCAGCAUCGACAACUCAAAGCUUGCUGCAGACGACUUCAGAAACAAGUAUGAGAACGAGCUGGCCAUGCGUCAGUCAGUGGAGGCGGACAUCGCCGGGCUGAAGAGGAUGCUGGAUGAGAUGACCAUGGCCAGAUCUGACCUGGAGAUGCAGAUCGAGGGACUGAAGGAGGAGCUCAUCUAUCUCAAGAAGAACCAUGAGGAGGAGCUGCUGGCCAUGAGGACUCAGAUGACUGGACAGAUCAACGUGGAGGUGGACGCAGCACCACAGGAGGACCUGUCCAGAGUCAUGGCUGAGAUUCGUGAGCAGUACGAGGCCGGUAGUGCCAAGAACCAGCGCGACCUGGAGGCCUGGUUCCAGACCAAGACAGAGACGUUGAACAAGGAGGUGGCGUCCAGCACAGAGGUUCUCCAGACCUCCAAGUCAGAGAUUUCGGAGAUCCGUCGCACACUGCAGGGCCUGGAGAUUGAACUGCAGUCACAGCUCAGCAUGAAAGGCUCCCUGGAGAACACGCUGGCGGAGACAGAAGGCCGUUACUCCAUGCAGCUGGGACGCCUCCAGAACCAAGUGACCAGUCUGGAGGAGCAGCUAGUGUCUCUCCGCAGCGACAUGGAACGCCAGGGCCAGGAGUACAAGAUGCUGCUGGAUAUCAAGACACGCCUGGAGAUGGAGAUCGCUGAGUACAGGAGGCUGCUGGACGGAGAGGCUAGCGGCCUUGGCCUCAGCUCCUCGAAAUCUGGCCACAGCUCCUCCAGCUCCCACAUCAGCUCGUCUAGCUCCGGCGUCAGCUCCGGCCUAAGCUCCGGCCUCAGCACCUCCAGCUCUGGCCUCAGCUCCGGCCUCAGCUCCUCCAGCUCCGGCCCCAGCUCAUCCACCUCCACCACACGCAAGGUGGUGAUCGUCACAGAGGAAAUGGUGGAUGGCAAGGUUGUCUCCUCAAGUGAAACCAAACACACCUCUUAAGGUCCCACACACACAGCGAGCACUGCAGUAAGCAACGGGUUAACCCCAUAGAAAUAUAAUUGCUAGACUGGGUAUAGGAAAUGAGAGGCCGUCACAUGGAAUAUUGCUGCUCCCCAGUGCUUUGUUCAUGCAACCUAAAAUUCAACGUUUCAACUUAUACAGUGUCUUCAUAAGAUGAAAAAUCCCUGUCUUCCUUAUCUGUAUUAUUUGUUUAGGCCAGCUUGGGUUAACUGUGGUUAAAGAAGUGCAUAUCGUCCUCCUAUUCUUUCUAGAAUGGCUAAAGCCCCUCAGACACCCAUCAUGGUGGGUGUCAUUGACUUGAAUGGGGAUUUAUUUUCUGGUAAUUCUAUUUCUAUGGUUAACACCUCCAGAACAACAUAUUCUACUACAUCUGGAUGGAACUUCAAUAGACCCCAUUGUGAAUACAAUAAAGAUGCUCUGACUUGCUGACACCAUCA